GCCGGCUUCAUGAGGGGCUGGACACACCAGCCGGGACCGUGCGUCACAAUGCACCUACAACUUCUCCUCAUUAUAACUUUAUGUGUGCUUCAUUGCGAUUGUCAAGGUUCAGGUUGUGAGGUGGGGUCUUUCCGUUGUGGGACAGGCCGUUGUAUUCCAGCAAGCCAGAGGUGCGAUGGAACAACCGACUGUUCGGAUAACUCAGAUGAAUUUGGCUGCCCCGAGCCCACCUGCGAGAGUGCUCAGUUCCAGUGCUUGAGUGACGGCGAGUGCAUUCCGCAGCACUGGGUCUGCGAUGAUGAAGAGGAUUGCGAGGAUGGCUCCGAUGAAAGGCAGCACUGCCCUGGCAGGACAUGCUCCAGUUCACAGUUCACCUGUACGAAUGGGGCCUGCAUCCCGGGAGGAUACAGGUGCGACCAUGUGCCUGACUGUCUAGACGGAGCAGAUGAGAGAAACUGCCUGUACCCAGAGUGCUCGGAGCUGAGGUGUGCUAACGGGGCGUGUUAUAACAGGAGCCAGCGCUGUGACCAGGUGCUCAACUGCCGAGACGGCUCAGACGAAGCCAAUUGCACCCAGCGGUGCAGCGGCGGUCAGUUUCAGUGCAGUAAUGGAGAAUGUAUUCCUCGCGGAUACGUCUGCGAUCAUGACGAUGAUUGUGGAGACAGAAGUGAUGAACAGAACUGCACCUACCCAACCUGCAGAGGAACGUACUUCACCUGUCCCAGCGGCCGCUGCAUUCAUCAGGUCUGGCUGUGUGAUGGAGAGGAUGACUGCGAGGACAAUGCAGAUGAGAGAGGCUGCGAUAAUGUCCAGCGUGAGUGUUAUCCCGGGGAAUGGCCGUGUCCUUCUUCUGGUGUUUGCAUCCCUCUGGACCAUCUCUGUGAUGGGACGGCACACUGUCCGGACGGAGAAGAUGAAACCAAUACCACUGCCGGACGCAACUGCAGUAUCUGGCGCUGUGCAUCUCUGAGCUGUGAGCAUCACUGUCACGCCUCUCCUGAAGGAGGAACCUGUGCCUGUCCACCAGGAUACAUGGUCAGCAGAAACGACAGCCGCUCAUGCAUUGAUUAUGAUGACUGUAGUCUGUGGGGCAUGUGUGACCAGCUGUGUGAGGAUCGGAUCGGAAGCCAUCGCUGCAGCUGUCGGGACGGUUACCUUCUGGAGCAGCACAGAUACUGCAGAGCAAAUCCCUCAUCUGGGGUGCCUUCGCUUAUAUUCUCCAAUGGGAGAGACUUGCUGAUUGCUGAUGUCCACGGACACAGUACUCAAACCCUGGUCGAGUCCCAGAACAGAGGAGUUGCUGUUGGUGUGGACUUUCAUUACCAGCUGCAAAGGGUCUUUUGGACCGACACAAUCCAAAAUAAGGUGUUUUCAGUGGAUAUGGACGGGUCGCGUUUGCAGGUGGUGCUGAACGUAUCCGUGGACUAUCCUGAAAACUUGGCCGUGGACUGGGUGAAUAAUAAGCUGUAUGUGGUGGAGGCCAGCGUCAACAGAAUCGACAUGGUGGACUUGGACGGGAGCAAUCGGGUCACACUAAUCGCCGAGCACCUGGGCAACCCGAGAGGUCUUGCGCUUGACCCGACCGUGGGGUACCUUUUCUUCUCUGACUGGGAUACUUUGAAUGGGGAACCGGGUUUGGAAAGGGCCUACAUGGAUGGUACCAAUCGCUAUGGGAUCAUCAGGACCAAACUCGGCUGGCCUGCUGGGAUUACUUUGGACCUUGAGGCUAAAAGAGUAUAUUGGGUGGACAGCCGAUAUGAUUAUAUCGAAACAACGACUUAUGAUGGCUUGCACAGGAAAACUGUGGUCCAUGGUGGGUCUGUGAUUCCUCAUCCAUUUGCCAUUACUCUGUUCGAGCAUUCAGUCUACUACACUGACUGGACUAAGAUGGCAGUAAUGAAGGCUAAUAAAUACAGGGACAACAGCCCACAAGAGCUCUACAGGACCUCUCAGAGACCACAUGGCCUGACUAUGGUCCAUGCAUACAGACAGCCUUUUGUAAGUAACCCCUGUGGCGCCGAUCGAGGAGGCUGUGAACACAUCUGUGUUCUGAGUCACAGAACUGAUAACGGUGGCUUGGGAUAUCGCUGCCGCUGCCGAAUGGGCUACGAUCUACAUGCUGACGGCAAGAGAUGCCUGGCUGUGAGGCAGUUUCUGCUGUUCUCCAGUCAGCUGGCAGUCAGAGGGAUCCCCUUCAACCUGUCCACACAGGAAGACAUCAUUCUCCCCAUCACAGGAACGCCGUCUUAUUUCGUUGGAGUGGACUUCAGUGCUGCGGACAAUUCAGUUUUCUUCUCUGAUACGGUGAAGGACAUCAUCUACAAACAGAAAAUUGAUGGAACCUGCAGGGAGGUACUAGCAGCCAAUCGGGUGGAUGGUGUGGAAGAUCUCGCUUAUGAUUGGAUAUCGAAGAACCUGUACUGGACGGAUCCACGCUACAGGAGUAUAUCUGUCAUGAAGGUCGCGGAUAAGUCCAGACGAGCCAUUGUACGAAACCUCAACAACCCCAGAUCCAUAGUGGUCCACCCGGUGGCUGGUUAUAUUUUCUGGACUGACUGGUACCGUCCUGCAAAGAUUAUGCGGGCCUGGGGUGAUGGGUCACAUGCUCAGUCGAUUGUAAACACCACUCUCGGCUGGCCCAAUGGCUUGGCCAUUGACUGGAGUGCCAUGCGGCUGUAUUGGGUGGACGCCUUCUUUGAUAAGAUCGAGCACAGCAACUUUGAUGGACAAAACAGGUUGUCUUUGAAUCGCAUCACUCAGAUCUCCCAUCCGUUUGGACUUACUAUUUUUGGAGGUUAUGUGUACUUCACCGACUGGCGGCUGGGUGGAAUCGUGAGGGUCCGUAAAACAGACGGAGGGGAGAUGAUGAUCAUUCGUCAAGGGAUCAGCCACAUCAUGCAUGUCAAAUCCUUCAAUGCUGAUUCUCAGAUUGGAUCUAACUUCUGCAACAGGCAAACAAACCCAAAUGGAGACUGCAGUAAUUUCUGUUUCCCAGCGCCGUACUCCCAGCGAGUGUGUGGCUGUCCAUAUGGAAUGAAGCUGGAAGCGAAUCAGCAGACGUGUGUGGAUGAUCCGUCCAAUGAGCCGCCGACCCUCCAGUGUGGCUCCAACUCCUUCUCAUGCACUAAUGGGAAGUGUGUCCCCCAGAGCUACCAAUGUGACGGCGUCGAUGACUGUCAUGACAACAGCGAUGAGGCCAACUGUGGCACUAAUAAUAACACAUGCUCGCCCAUUGCCUUCACCUGUGCCAAUCAGCGCUGUGUGCCCAGAAGCUGGCACUGCGACGGACACAAUGACUGUUUUGAUGGCAGUGACGAGAGGGAGUGUCCCACCCAGACCCCCGGCACUUGCCAGGCUGACCAGUUCAGCUGCACCAACCAUCACUGCAUCCCCCGCACAUGGCUCUGUGACACCGACAAUGACUGCGGAGACGGAUCCGAUGAGAACAACUGUGAUUCUAUUGGCACAUGCCACCCUGGUCAGUUCCAGUGUCCGGACCAUCGCUGCAUUGACCCCAAUUACGUGUGUGAUGGAGACAGAGAUUGUGCAGACGGAGCGGAUGAACAGGGCUGUGUGUACAACUGCACAGCAUAUGAGUUUAAGUGUGCAAAUGGGCAUCAGUGUGUGAACUCCUACUACCGAUGUGAUGGGGUGUUUGACUGUAACGAUCGCUCCGAUGAAUCUGGUUGUCCCACUAGGCCGCCCGGCAUGUGUCACCACGAGAGUGAGUUUCAGUGCCAGUCAGACGGCAGUUGUGUUCCUGUGAACUGGGAAUGUGACGGGCAUCCAGACUGUGAAGAUGGCUCAGACGAACACCACGCGUGCCCACCGCGGACGUGCCCCACCUCGCAGUUCCGCUGUGAUAAUGGGAACUGUGUUUUCCGUGGCUGGAUUUGUGACGGUGAUAAUGACUGUCGGGAUGGCAGCGAUGAGCGAGACUGUCCCACGCCGCCGUUCCGCUGUCCCAGCUGGCAGUGGCAGUGCCCUGGACACAGUGUGUGUGUUAACCUCAGCAGGGUGUGCGACAACACGCCAGACUGUCCCAACGGCGCCGAUGAAUCCCCUCUCUGCAAUGAGCCCUUACCAGAUCAGGAGAGCUGCUCGGAUAACAAUGCGGGCUGCACUCACGGCUGCAUUCAGGGCCCGUUUGGAGCCCAGUGCACGUGUCCUAUGGGCUUCCAGCUGAGUAACGACUCAAAGACGUGCGAGGACAUCGAUGAAUGCCAUCCUCCGGGCGUCUGCAGUCAGCACUGCUUCAACGAGAGAGGCUCCUUCCGCUGCCAUUGUCAGGAUGGAUACACUCUAGAGGCAGACGGACGCACCUGCAAGGCCUCAGGAUCUCGAGAGGCCUUGCUCUUAGUGGCCAGUCGGAAUCAGAUUGUAUCAGACGACAUCCUCGCACAGCCAAACAUUAUUCGGUCUCUAGUGCGUGAUGGCCGCAACAUCGUGGCCGUAGAUUUCGACUCGGUUACAGAACGUAUUUACUGGUCUGACACCACCCAGGACAGAAUAUGGAGCGCUCACAAAAAUGGGACUGAUCGCACCGUGAUCUUUGACAGUGGAGUGACUGUCACAGAGAGCCUCGCCGUAGACUGGGUUGGCAGAAACCUAUACUGGACGGACUAUAUUUUGGAGACUAUAGAGGUGGCAAAACUGGACGGGUCUCACAGAACGGUGCUGAUUAGUGAAAACGUGACCAAUCCAAGAGGUCUGGUAGUGGACCCUAGAAACAACACACACCUGAUGUUUUGGACGGACUGGGGCAGAAAUCCUCGUAUCGAGAGAGCCAGCAUGGAUGGGAAAUUAAGGACCACAAUCAUCAGCAACAAACUUUAUUGGCCCAAUGGCUUAACUAUUGACUACCCCAACAACCUGCUUUACUUUGCUGACGCUUACCUAGACUUUAUCGACUACUGUGAUUAUGAUGGAAAGAACCGAAAACAAGUGUUGGCCAGUGAUUUGGUACUGCAACAUCCCCACGCAAUUACCAUUUUUGAGGAUUUUGUCUAUUGGACCGACAGAUACGUCAACCGUGCGAUCCGGGCCAACAAGUGGCACGGACAGAACCAGACGGUGAUGCUGUAUAAUCUGCCCCAGCCCAUGGGUCUGGUGGCACUUCAUCCAGCCAGACAGCCUGCAGUCGAGGAUCCAUUCUUGGUGGUGGUGAGAGACAGCAUCAUUUACGGCAUCCCUCUCAACCCGAAUGACAAGAGCAAUGAUGCCAUGGUGCCGGUCGCCGGGCUGCUGAAUGGAUAUGAUGUCGACUUUGAUGAUGCUGAGCAGAUGAUCUACUGGGUGGAACAUCCGGGUGAGAUUCAUCGAGUAAAGUCAGAUGGUACCAACAGAACUGAGUUUGCACCAGCGGCCAUCUUGGGUUCUCCGGUCGGACUGGCUCUGGACUGGAUGUCCCAGAACCUGUACUACUCUAACCCUGCAUCACAGUCGAUAGAGGUUCUCAGGCUAAAAGGAGAAAUUCAGUACAGAAAGACUCUCAUCACUAACAACGGCUCACCUACUGGUGCAGGAGCUCCCAUUGGCAUUGUGGUGGAUCCGGCACGUGGAAAGAUGUACUGGACAGAUCAGGGAACAGAGAGCGGGAUCCCUGCCAAGGUGGCAUCGGCAGAUAUGGACGGCUCCAACUCGGCCAUCCUCUUCACCCAUAAUCUGGAACAUGUGGAGUUCAUAACUAUAGACAUCAGAGAGAACAAGCUCUACUGGGCUGUUACAGGAACUGGCGUGAUCGAGCGUGGCGAUCCCGAUGGAUCAAAUCGCAUCACUAUGGUGAAUGGACUGUCCCAUCCGUGGGGUGUGGCCGUAUAUGACUCCUACCUGUACUUCACAGAUCGAGACUUUGAAGUGAUUGAACGCGUCGACAAAGCCACGGGACUCAACCGGGUUGUAAUGCGGGAUAACGUGGCCGGUCUGAGAGUACUCAAAGUACACUACAGAGACUCCUCAGCAGGAUCGUCUAACGGCUGCAGUAAUAACAUGGGGAUGUGUGAGCAGUUGUGUCUGCCUCGUCCCGGUGGCCUGUUCAGCUGCGCCUGUGCGACUGGGUUCAAACUCAGUGCUGAUAACAGAACCUGUUCUCCAUACCAAUCCUAUGUGGUGAUCUCUAUGCUCACUGCCAUCAAGGGCUUCAGUCUAGAGGGAGCAGAUCACUCGGAGUCUAUGGUGCCUGUAGCAGGCAGAGGCCGCAAUGCUCUUCAUGUAGAUGUGCACAUGCCUUCCGGUUUCAUUUACUGGUGUGACUUCAGCAGCACCGUGGCGUCUCAGAACGGAAUCCGCCGGAUCAAACCGGACGGAUCUGGAUUCCGCAGCAUUGUCACCUCUGGAAUCGGACGCAAUGGCAUACGAGGCAUUGCUGUAGACUGGGCCGCAGGAACCCUCUAUUUCACCAAUGCCUUCUUGACUGAGACGUACAUUGAAGUGAUUCGACUCAAUACCACGUUCCGUCGUGUUCUUCUCAAGACCCAAGUAGACAUGCCUCGUCAUAUUGUGGUGGACCCCAUGAACAGAUACCUCUUCUGGGCCGACUAUGGACAGACCCCCAAAAUCGAGCGAGCUUUUCUAGAUGGUUCCAACCGGACCGUGCUGGUUUCCUCAGGCAUCGUCACCCCCAGAGGCCUGGCUUUGGACCACCGAGACGGAUACAUCUACUGGGUGGACGAUUCCCUGGACAUGAUCGCACGAGUCCGGCCCGAGGGGGGCGAGACGGAGGUCGUACGGUUUGGGAGUCGCUAUCCGACUCCGUAUGGCAUCACCGUGUUUGAGGGGACUGUAAUCUGGGUGGACAGAAACCUGAAGAAAGUCUUCCAAACGAGCAAACAGCCAGGCGCGACCGACCAGCCGCUCGUGAUCCGAGACAACAUCAACAUGCUGCGGGACGUCACGAUCUACGACCGGAGAAUGCAGCCAAGUUCAGCCCACGAGCUCCAUAACAACCCCUGCUUGGAGUCUAGCGGCGGCUGCUCUCACUUCUGCUUCGCCAUCCCAGGAACUCAGACGAGGAAGUGUUCGUGUGCCUUUGGGAAUCUGGCUGCAGAUAGCAGCAGUUGUGUGGUAUCCCGGGAUGACUACCUUAUCUAUACGACCGAAAGCACUGUACGAUCUCUGCGGCUGGAUCCAGAGGAUCAUUCUCUGCCCUUUCCCGUGGUUAACGUGCCCCAGACUUCGGUAGCCCUUGAUUUCGACCGGUUGGACGGCAGGAUCUAUUUCACCCAGAGUUCGGGAGCAGGCCAGAGCAAGAUUAGCUUCAUUACUUUGGCUUCACCUACCUCUCCUGCGACAGAGGUGGCCUCAGAUCUGGGAGCUCCUGAUGGCAUCGCCUAUGACUGGAUCAAUAAGAGGAUCUAUUACAGUGACUAUAUUAACCAGAGCAUCAGCUCCAUGGCAGUGGAUGGAUCUCAGAGGACUGUUGUAGCACAGGUGCCCAGACCCAGAGCCAUCAUGCUGGAUCCCUGUAGAGGGUAUAUGUACUGGACCGACUGGGGAACCAACGCAAAGAUAGAACGUGCAACUCUGGGAGGAAACUUCAGGACAGAGAUCGUCAACACUAGCUUGGUUUGGCCAAAUGGUCUGACGCUAGACUAUGAGGAUCAAAGGCUGUACUGGGCAGAUGCCAGCUUACAGAAGAUUGAGAGAUGCUCACUCACCGGCACUAACCGUGAGGUCAUCGUAAGCACCGCCAUCUACCCGUUUGCAAUGACAGUGUACGAUCAGCAUAUCUACUGGACGGACUGGAACACACGCAGCAUCUACCGUGCAAACAAGCACGACGGCUCCAACCAGAGAGUGAUGCUACAGAACCUUCCAUCACGGCCCAUGGACAUCCACGUGCUCUCCAACAGCAAACAGCAGCAGUGCAGCAGUCCCUGCGAACAGUUCAAUGGUGGAUGUAGCCAUAUUUGCACUCCAGGUCCUCAGGGAGCAGAGUGUCAGUGUCCCUCUGAGGGCCGUUGGUAUCUGGCCGACAACAAACACUGUAUCCCUGACAAUGGCACACGCUGUCAGUCAGGCCAGUUUACUUGUAUGAAUGGCCGAUGCAUCCGCGCCCAGUGGAAAUGCGACAACGACGAUGACUGUGGGGACGGCAGUGAUGAACUCGAGAGGGUCUGCGGAUCCAAGAGUCAUUUCGUUUUUGUCCCACAAGCAGCAGCAUUCAUUUCACUCUCAGCAUUUCACACCUGCGAGCCCACAGUGUUCACAUGUGGAAAUGGCCGUUGUGUGCCAUAUCACUAUCGCUGCGAUCACUACAAUGACUGCGGGGAUAACAGUGACGAGACCGGCUGCCUGUUCCGGCCCUGUGACCCCAACACUGAGUUCACCUGCAAUAACGGUCGCUGCAUUGCACGGGAAUACGUCUGCAACGGAAUAAACAAUUGCUACGACAAUGGGACCUCGGAUGAGCAGAACUGUGCUGAGAGGACAUGUCAGCCAGAGCACACCAAAUGUCAGACCACCAACAUCUGCAUCCCACGCUCAUACCUGUGUGAUGGAGAUAAUGAUUGCGGUGACAACAGCGACGAGAGCCCAACGCAUUGUGCCACAUCUACAUGUUCCCAGAAUGAGUUUCGCUGUUCGAGUGGACGCUGCAUUCCUGGACACUGGUACUGUGAUGGUGGUACAGACUGUAAUGAUGGUUCUGAUGAGCCCAUUACCUGUACCACCACGGUGAGGACCUGCAACUCCGACCAGUUCCGCUGCGAUGACGGAAGGUGCAUCGCUUCGUCCUGGAUCUGCGAUGGAGACAAUGAUUGCGGGGACAUGAGCGACGAGGACGAGAGACACAACUGUGCAAACCGCACCUGCUCUCCUCAGGAGUUCACCUGUAUAAAUAACAGGCCUCCUCAGAGGAAGUGUAUCCCACGGGACUGGGUGUGUGACGGAGACGCAGACUGUUCGGACGCGUACGAUGAGCACCAGAACUGCACUCGCAGAUCCUGCUCCGCCAACGAGUUCACCUGCAACAACGGCCUCUGCAUCCGUAACUCCUACAGGUGUGACCGUCGUAAUGAUUGUGGAGACAGCAGUGAUGAGCAGGGCUGCACCUAUCAGCCGUGCCAACAGCAUCAGUUCACCUGUCAGAACGGCCGCUGCGUCUCGCGCGAUUUCGUCUGUGACGGGGACAACGACUGCGGGGAUGAAUCUGAUGAGCUGGAUCACCUGUGCAGGACUCCAGCGCCCACCUGCCCUCCCGGAAACUUCCGGUGUGACAACGGAAACUGCAUACCUCUCAGCGAGGUGUGUGACAGGAAUGACGACUGCAACGACAACAGUGAUGAGAAAGGCUGUGGCAUCAAUGAGUGCACAGACCCGUCCAUGCACCACUGCGACCACAACUGCACCGACACGCCCACCAGCUUCAUCUGCACCUGUCGCCAUGGUUUCCGCCUCAUGUCCGACAACAAAACGUGCGACGAUGAGGACGAGUGCUCCGUCAGGCCCAGCGUGUGCAGCCAGGUGUGCGAGAACACCAUGGGCUCGUACGUGUGCAAGUGUGCUCCAGGCUUCCUCCGCGAACCCGAUGGACGCAGCUGCAGGCAAAACAGCAACAUCACCCCCUACCUGAUCUUUAGCAACCGCUACUAUCUGCGCAAUCUGUCGACGGACGGCGAGGCCUACUCGCUCAUUCUGCAGGGCCUCACCAGCGUGGUGGCGCUGGACUUCGAUCGGGUGGACAAACGCUUGUACUGGAUCGACGUGAGCCGAAGGGUGUUGGAGCGGAUGUUCUUUAACGGGACGGGACGAGAGGUGGUGGUAAACGGGAUUUUGCAUGGCGAGGGCCUGGCGGUGGACUGGGUCGGGAGGAAGCUGUAUUGGGUCGACAGCUUUCUCGACUGCAUGAAAGUGUCGGAGCUGGAUGGCCGGUUUGUGAGGAAGUUAGCAGAACACUGUGUGGAUGCUAAUAACACAUACUGCUUUGAGAAUCCCAGAGCCAUCGCUCUGCAUCCAAAGCUUGGAUACGUGUACUGGACUGACUGGAGAGACAAAGCCUUCAUUGGACGUGUUGGGAUGGAUGGGAAUAACAAGUCGGCCAUCAUCACUACUAAGAUCGAGUGGCCCAACGGUCUGACUAUUGACUACACCAAUGACAAGCUGUACUGGUCUGAUGCUCACCUCAACUACAUCGAAUUCUCUGAUCUGGACGGGAAUCACAGGCACACUGUGUACGACGGCGUCCUGCCGCAUCCUUUCGCCAUCACAGUGUUCGAGGAAAGCGUGUACUGGACGGACUGGAACACGCGCACGGUGGAGAAGGGCAACAAAUACAACGGCUCUGGACGGGAAGCACUCAUCAACACCACCCACCGACCGUUUGACAUCCACGUGUGCCAUCCCUACCGCCAGCCCAUAGUGACGAAUCCCUGCGCGGUCAAUAACGGCGGCUGUUCUCACCUUUGCCUCCUGCAAGCUGGAGGUCAGGGUCACACCUGCGAGUGUCCUGAUCACUUCCUUACUGUGCAGAUAGGGGGCGCUGCACGCUGUCUGCCCAUGUGCUCCAGCACGCAGUACAGAUGCGCAGACAACGAACGCUGUAUCCCUAUCUGGUGGAAGUGUGAUGGUCAGCGAGACUGCAGAGACGAUUCGGAUGAACCCUCCACGUGUCCCCUCCGGCACUGCAGACUGGGCCAGUUCCAGUGUAAUGACGGAAACUGCAGCAGCCCACACUUCCUGUGCAACUCUAAUCAGGACUGUCCCGAUGGGUCGGAUGAAGACACGGUGCUGUGUGCCACCCAUCAGUGUGAGUCUCAUCAGUGGCAGUGUGCCAAUAAGCGCUGCAUCUCUGGGGCCUGGCAGUGCGACGGCGAGAACGACUGCGGCGACGGAUCCGACGAGGAUCCCGCUCACUGCUCCAGCAGGACCUGCAGACCCGGACAGUUCAAGUGCAGGAACGGCCGAUGCAUCCCGCAGAGCUGGAAAUGUGACGUGGACGACGACUGUGGCGACAACUCCGACGAGCCCAUCAACGAAUGCAUGGGUCCGGCGUACAGAUGUGACAAUCACACAGAGUUUGACUGCAGGACAAACUACCGCUGUGUUCCUCUGUGGGCCGUGUGCAACGGACACAACGACUGCAGGGACAACAGCGACGAACAGAACUGUGAGGAGUUGACCUGUGAGCCGGCGGGUGAUUUCCGCUGUGAUAACCACCAGUGCAUCCCCCUGCGCUGGCGCUGCGACGGAGACAAUGACUGCGGCGACGGAUCUGACGAACACAACUGCACCCCUCGUCCAUGCACAGAGAGCGAGUACCGCUGUGACAACCUGCACUGCAUUCCUGACCGCUGGGUUUGUGACCAUGACAACGACUGCGAGGACAAUUCUGACGAGAGAGACUGCGAGCUGCGGACCUGUCACCCGGGUUACUUCCAGUGCAGUAGCGGCCACUGCAUCGCUGAGCGCUUCAAAUGCGACGGCAAUGCUGACUGUCUCGACUUCACUGAUGAAAGCUCCUGUCCCACACGCUACCCGAACAGCACCUACUGUCCACCCUUCCUGUUUGAGUGCAAGAACCACGUGUGUGUGCAGCAGCAUUGGAUAUGUGACGGAGAUAAUGACUGCGGGGAUAAUUCAGAUGAAGAACUGCAUCUCUGCUUGGACAUCUCAUGUGAUCCUCCGUUCCGUUUCCGCUGUGAUAACACCCGCUGCAUCUACAGUCACGAGCUCUGCAACUCUAUAGAUGACUGCGGUGAUGGAACCGACGAGAGGCCGGAGCAUUGUGUGACUCCCACACAUGGGCCCUGCUCUGCAGACGAGUAUAAAUGUGGGAACGGUCAGUGCAUUCCUCUGCAGUACGCCUGCGACGACUAUGACGACUGUGAAGACCAGACCGAUGAACUCGGCUGCUACUAUGGCCAUGGGCGCACAUGCAGUGAGAAUCUGUGUGAGCAUAACUGCACGGAUUUGUCGACUGGGGGCUUUAUUUGCUCCUGUAGAACUGGAUAUAAACCCAACCCGGAGGACAAGAACACCUGCGAUGAUGUGAACGAGUGUGAGAUUUACGGGACGUGUCCACAGCUGUGCAGGAACACUAAGGGCAGUUAUGAAUGUUUCUGCGCUGAAGGGUUUCGAUCAGUGGGAGAGCAGCUGGGAGUCGAAUGCGCUGCUGAGGGAAAUCCUCCCGUCUUGUUAUUGCCUGAUAACGUGCGGAUCCGUCGAUUUAAUCUCUCAUCGGCGCAGUACUCAGAUUAUGUGGAUAAUGCAGAGCACAUUCAGGCACUGGACUACCUGUGGGACCCAGAAGGCCUCGGUCUAAGUAUAGUGUACUGGACAGUGUUGGGACGAGGCUCAGAGUUCGGUGCGAUUAAGAGGGCCUACAUGACCACGUUUGAUGACCAUGGAAAUAAUCCUGUAAAGGAGGUGGACCUGAACCUCAGAUACAUCUCCAGCCCUGACGGCAUCGCUGUGGACUGGAUUGGAGGCCAUAUUUACUGGACAGAUGCUGGCACUAAUAGAAUCGAAGUGGCAAAACUGGAUGGACGUUACAGAAAGUGGUUAAUUCACAGCGAUCUUGAUCAGCCAGCCGCUAUUGUGGUCAAUCCUAGUCUAGGUAAGAUGUUCUGGACCGACUGGGGCAGAAAGCCCAAGAUUGAGACGGCGUGGAUGGAUGGGCAGCGCAGAGAGGUGCUGUUAGAUGAAGAUCUGGGCUGGCCUACUGGUUUAGCUUUGGACUACCUGAAUGAAAACCGCAUCUACUGGUGUGACUCAAAAGAAAACAUCAUUGAAUCGAUGAAAGUGGACGGAACAGACCGGCAAGUCAUCAUAUCAGGAGACAUCGGUCACCCCUACAGUCUGGAUGUGUUCGAGGGACACGUGUACUGGACGACUAAAGAGAAGGGAGAAGUGUGGAAAAAAGAUAAUGUGCUCAACCCCUGUCAGAGUGUCUGCAGUCACCUGUGUUUGCUGCGGCCAGGUGGAUACACCUGUGCCUGUCCACAGGGCUCCACGCUGUUCGCUUUCAACAAGAAUGAAUGUGAUGCCGCCAUUGAGGCAGAGGUGUCCAUGCCGCUUGCAUGCAGAUGCAUGAACGGAGGAACAUGCUACACUGAUGAGGGAGGCCUGCCGAAGUGCAAGUGUUCAUACGGAUACUCGGGUAGUUACUGUGAAAUGGGGAAGUCUAGAGGUGCUCCUGCAGGGACAGCUGUGACCGUCCUUUUAGCAGUGGUUAUUAUUCUGAUUACUGGAGCUCUGGUUGUGGGAGUUUUCCUCAACUACAAGCGCACCGGCUCUCUCAUCCCGUCAAUGCCUAAACUACCCAGUCUGAGCAGCCUGGUGAAGUCGGCAGACACAGGAAAUGGAGUGUCGUUUCAUUCAGGUGACAAUGUCACGAUGGACCUGGAGCCUCAGACUCUGGGAGUGUCGUUCAUCGACAGGGCCAUGCAGCUGGAUGAGAAUUUCGCAGACUCUGGUAGGCAGCCAGUCACAUUUGAGAAUCCUCUGUACUCGACUGCAGCCGGCUCAGCCAGCGAUCCGGCAGUAAUACACGCUACACAGGUCACUGUGAACAUCAGCGAUGACCAGGUGGAGAAUAACUUCUCAAACCCUACAUAUACCGCUCAUGAACAGGCAGUGGAGGUGAAGAGCGGAGCUGCAGAGCAAACGACCACACAGGAGUCCAAAUGGAGUUUCUUUAAAAGAAAACUGAAGCCAAGCACAACAUUUGAAAACCCUACAUAUUCAGAGAUGCAGGAUGAGCAGACGCAUGGAGCUGCAGACGCCAGCUCUUCAUCACAGCCGUCUCCUUUCGUUCCUCCUCCCAAACCCCAGAAGCGAGAGAAACUCGGCGCGUAUUCACCGACAGAGGACACCUUCAGAGACACGGCCAACCUGGUUAAAGAGGACAGUGAAAUAUGACCAUCACACACACACACACAUGGGAAAAUACAAAGAAACAUCCCUUUGCACAGAAUCUAUUUUUAUAUGCAGCCUGCAUACGACAGAAAUCAAUUUAAGAUUAUUUUUGAAACAAAAAAAAGUAUAGAUGAGAAUAGAUGAAAUGUUUGUAUAGUCUACAGGAAAGAGACUUUGCCUUCUGAUAUUUUGUAUGCCAAUUCACAUUGUAUGAUUCUUUUUUAUUAUUAUUGUAACGUCAUAUUUGUAUAUCUUUGCACUGAUGCUGCUGAAGGAGAAUGUUAUGAAUAUUUUGUACAUUUGUAAAUUGAAAAGAUUUUGUUUGAUGAUAUCCUCUGGUCAGAUGUUAUUUUGAAAUAGAUUAUUUCUUAUUCCUGGAGAUUCGCACACACACACACAUACAUAUGCCAGCAAUACUGAGAAAAGUGCUUCGAGAGCCAGCUGAGACUUUGCCAUUUGAGCUGAUUCUUCUUAAAGGAACAGUCAACCCAAAAAUGAAAAUUCACCCUCAGGCCAAGA